AUGGAAGUUCUGCAUCUCAUUACCAGUCUGAUCAUCUGCGGUAUGGGCGUCCGUGGUCAUGUCGUCUACAGGCCGUGCAUCGACGGGUUCCGACAAUAUGGAGAGUAUAUCAUCAGAAUUGAGUUCAAACUCAAAGGCAAUGUUCUCCUCACCUAUCAGGAAAAUCCUCUUGGACCUGAGAAAGUUUACACAUGCGUGUAUCACUUCGACCCAAAAGAGAAGGAGAUGGAUGAGGGGUAUGUUCCAGUUCUUUUCCUGGGUCCCGAGUGUCAAAGACUUGUGAAGGACUCCAAGGGCAGACUCAACGGAGAUUCCCUAAAACCCUUUCUCACGUUCCCCAAUCUCGACUACUUGUACAUGAAGCUACCUUCAAGAAAUUCUACGGCUCUGUAUAAGAAUAAAGGCGCUUGGCCAUGCCCCGUUUAA